UAUUUCCAUAUAUAUAAGUCUGGUUUUUGCAUGUAAAGACUUCACAACGACAAGCAAGAUCUCUGGAUACGCGGAAAAUAGAGAGAAGAAAUCAAAAAUCAUAUUUUUUAUCUUAUCUUUGAAAAGAAGAAUUGUUCUUAAUCUACAAUGGUGACUCUAAAAAUGGAGAUUUGCAUCGAGUUGGUGAAAUUGACAGUAGAUUUCGUCGCCGCCGUUGCAGAAUCAAUCGAAGUAGCUUUCCGUCAUCGUCCUCCACCGGUGAUUCAAUAUUCUCCGGUGAUGUAUGGUCGCCGGAGUAAUUACACCGCCGUUCCUAUUCCUCUCGUGGGGUUUCUGUAAUUAAUAUAUUCUUCUUCUCGUAUGGUUCUUUUGUUUUUUGUUCAUUCUUGUUCUAUGACUAUUAAUUACCUUCUUGCCACGGACAUAUGGAAAGAACAAGAUGUGGUUUGUGUAUAAACCAAAAAGAUCAUGAAGAGUUUACGUAACCCGUGAAUAUAUAAAAGUUUAGACGUUCCCGAUCUUGUAUAUAUUGUUUUCAAUGUAUAUAAUAUGUUUACUCAUAAGAUAAGAUCUAUAAAGAAAAAUUGCUGUUAAAUUUUA